GCAUGGGAUAUAACAGCAUAAUUUGUGUUUGACGUUUCACCGAUCCUUUUCAACCGAGCUCUCCCUCGAUUGCUUAUAUUUCUUUGUUCGUUGGAUUUUGUUAUUUUAAUCGGAAUUAAUCAUUCGGGAUGUAUGUUUUUAAGGAUAUACUUACUGGUGAUGAAAUGUACACAGAUGCAUUGACAGUUGAAGAAGUUAAGGAGCCAGCUAAUGUUUUUGUGAAGAUUCAGUCAAAGUUAGAAAGCGUUGAUUGUUCAAUCAAUGAAAGCCUUAUUGGCGGAAAUCCUUCACAAGAAGAACAAUGUGAGGCGACUGAGGAUACAGUUAUAAAGGACUUCGAUGUUGUUCUAAGAUCCGAGCUUAUUAAGUCGGGGGACUAUAGUAAGGCUGGUCUGAAGACACUUGUGAGAGCAUACCUUAAGGCAAUUGUUGACAAACUGGAAACCAAAGAAUUGCAGAAGGAAUUCAUGGAAAAAUCCCCGGCUGGUGCGUUGUUUCUGAUCAAGAAGGCGAAGAAUAUAGUUGUUUAUACUGGUAAAUCAAUGGAUCAUGAUGGUGGUAAGGCAUUUGCAGUAUAUGAGGAUGGAGCUGUAUGUCCAUACUUCCUUUUUUUCAAACAUGGCCUUAUUAAGGAAAAAUGCUGAAUCAUUUUUGUGCCUGUUCAUUUCAAUAAUGAAGAGUUGCUGUUUGCUGAAAAUUUUCUAUCUAAAUCGCAUACUUUAAAUCACGGAAUAUCUAUUGCUAUCUGCUUCUCAUUUACUUAGAAGUUUAUGACAUCACUGAAUAUAUAUUAUAAUAUUAAAUUUGUUAUUCACAAUGACAUUUUCAAAGUAAUGCUUUAAAUGGGAAAUUUUCUUACGAGACAAGGAUUUGGCGUAUAUUAGUAAUUUUAAUUAUUU